AUGCCGACAGACUCUCCAAAAUUCUGUGUGAUCUCAGGCACUGUAAAAACACUGAUCCUGAACAAGAAUAAGGAUUACAGAAACUGCAUCAGAAUGUUUGUUAGUCCCAGAAGAGUCAGAAAAUGCCAUUUUUUGCAGAUAUUUGCCACUUGCUUCAUACUGUGUCUCAUGAUUUUUUGGGGACCAUUUGAUAAUCACAUUGUGAGCCAUAUGAAGUCCUAUUCAUACAGAUACCUCAUAAAUAGCUACCAUUUUGUGAACGACAGCCUGUCUAUCAACAGGGAUAACUCAGACAGAGUAUUGAGCUACCCAUACUUGAUCAACCACAGAGAGAAAUGUCAGCAGCAGGAUGUCCUUCUCCUGUUGUUUGUGAAGACUUCUCCUGAAAACCGUCAUCGGAGGGAUGCAAUUAGACAAACUUGGGGUAAUGAGAACUAUGUUCGUUCUCAACUUAAUGCCAAUAUUAAAACUCUUUUUGCUUUAGGACGACCAACAGGUCAUCUGCAGCAAACACAGCUGCAAAGAGAACUUCAGCUGGAAGACCAGAAAUACAGUGAUUUGAUUCAGCAAGACUUCUUGGAUACUUUUCACAAUCUUACUCUGAAAUUGCUUUUGCAGUUCAGCUGGGUGAAUGCCUACUGUCCUCAUGCCAGGUUCAUUAUGUCUGCAGAUGAUGAUAUAUUUAUCCAUAUGCCAAAUCUUGUAGCUUAUCUCCAAAGUCUAGCACAAAUGGGCGUUCAAGAUCUCUGGAUUGGUCGUGUCCAUCGUGGAUCCCCUCCCAUAAGAGACAAGAGCAGCAAAUACUAUGUCCCAUAUGAAAUGUACCAGUGGCCCUCUUACCCUGACUACACAGCAGGAGCUGCGUAUGUAAUAUCAAACGAUGUAGCAGCUAAAGUAUAUGAGGCUUCACUGACUCUCAAUACAAGCCUUUAUAUAGAUGAUGUUUUCAUGGGUCUCUGUGCCAAUAAAAUGGGAAUUGUACCACAAUAUCAUGCAUUUUUUUCUGGGGAAGGAAAGGCUCCGUAUCAUCCCUGCAUUUAUAACAAAAUGAUGACAUCUCAUGGACACGUAGAUGAUCUUCACCAGCUCUGGAAACAGGCUACAGAUCCCAAAGUUAAAACGUUUUCUUCUGGGAUUUGGGGUAGAAUCUACUGCAGACUAGUCAAUAUCAUGCUUCUCUGUAAACCAUACUAUGAGGACACAUAUCCUUGUUCAGCUGCAUUUUCUUAAUACUUGAAUAUCUGCAUUGAAGAUCCACUGAGCCAAAACAGAGCAACAACUUUUUAGCUGUUUAUUCAAAAUAUAUGUAAACGUGGAAAGAGGUAAAACUUAAAUGUGAAUAGUUGGGGGGGGGGUUGGGAGAUGGUCCCAAAUUCUGUUCAGAAACUCUUACUGGAAUAGCUCUUCUAUUGUACUGCAACUUUUUACAUUAUAGCCUGGGUUUGUUUGGGUUUUUUUUUUUUACACUCUUCAAGGGAGGCAAGCCUGGAUUAAAUGAACUAUAAUGGACUUGACUUUGAAGUGCUUGGUGAAAACGUCUGUUACUCUGAACUUGUCAGUAAGUCUUAAGUUUUUUUGAAAAAGCUAUGUGAACUAAGGCACAUGAUGAUUAAAGAAAAAGAAAAUCUGCUAUAUCAAAAUGAGAGUAGACCUUUCAAAACUCAAGGAAAACAGAACUUCUGACUUGAUGAAUGAGACUAUUACAGUAGUAAGGCAAUGUCAAUUGGUUACAAAUAUUCACCAUUUCUCAACGCUUCCUAGAAAGUAAGUCUGGACCUGCACAAUUGACAAACAAAUAGUGAGUGCUAGAAGUGAAGACCUGCUAUGAUCUUUCUUCUGAAAGGUCCCUAAAUCCUUGACAUAGGGAAACAGUGUUUGAGUGCCCUCUGACUUGGUUGUUUUAAGUAACAAAGCAGCUCCCUUUAGAUCAGGACUGACCUUGAAAGGAUAAAAAUCCAAGUAUUACUCAUGUAACUGGUUUUGCUGAUUUUUCUCUGCCUUCUGACAACUGAAGCAGUAUAUUUAAACAGUCCAAUCUUUAAUAAGCAAAUAAGCUAAAUGAGUCUUAACGAUGCUUCUGCUUUCCAACAUUCACGGUUCUAAAGGUGAAAAGCAAGCAAAAGUCCCAAGAAUGUUACAGCUAAUUUGAAGCUGUUGAGGACUUUAAAAAGCAAAAUUUCAUGCUUGUACUAACAAAGUGGGGAGGGUAUUUUCUGCACAAACUUUGACUUCACAGUGAAGGGUUAGGGAGGUGGUGAUCCACAGAAACUUGGUACAUAAAUCUAAAUCACUGAAAUAUUUCUCCUAAAGUCUUAAGGGCAAGAGUGUCUUUAAAAUUUCAGGGUAGUUUGUGUCCACAAAACCCUGUAUCUUGAAUAUAUUUCAAUGAUAACAUUACCUGCGGGAGGAGCAAAACGCCUCUGCAGUGUAAAUCCGGGUAGCAGCCAUUAUGAGCUGUACUGUGGUGCUGUACAGAUACCAGAGAGAACCAAGGUUCUAGGAUGUCUGCACUCUUUUCUAGUAUAGCUCGCUAACGGUGUUUUCACAGACUCUCAGGACAGAUAUGUUAGUUGCUGAUUGCCAAACCCGUGGUAGCUCUUGCUGGAGUGGACACACAGCCCGCUCAAGGUACCGUCGGGUAUUGCUUGUGAACUGAUUUGCUGCUGGAACAAGUUCUAGUGUGGGUAGUGUCAGAAAACUACUUCUGAAAGCUUGAAUGAGUCAAGUUUUUCAGCAGGGCAACAACAGUGCAAAAGCUCACAAAUGAACGAGCAUCUGUUGGAAAUGUGCUAAUGACAGGAGCAAUCGUACUCGCUUUCUGAGGCUAGCCGCCUUCUGCCUGAAGCUUCUCGCUGUGUGGAGCAGCGAGGUGCUCGAUCUGUGUCUUCUGACUUGACUCUAGAACAGCUAUGCAGGACCUGGCAGUUUUAAGCUACUGAAGUUUACUACAGCAAACUAUUGUCUAAGUAACCGCACCUGCAUUUGAAGCUGCGCUGCAGGUUGCAAUGGUUUGCACGGCUAAUGGUGUGUGUUAGCAUAGACGGGAUCCAGGAGCGAGCUUGCUGACUGCUCUCUAAGCUGCCAUUUCAGAUGGGUGGUAGGUAACUACUGCAGUUAAGUGAAACAUGUAACUUUCUUAAUUGGUUUUCCAGAAGGAAAAGAAUAAGAAUCCUCAAACCGGACCCAAAUGUUGGGUAUCUAAAGAGCCCAUAAAUAAAUCAUUAAUCACUGUCAGAAUGAUUGAAGAAUGUAACAGCUAUACUUUAGAAAGAACAAACCCAGUUCCUGUUCUGGCCUAAACAGAUUGAUUACAAUACUGAGGAUGUGUGAUUUUUAAAAGAAAAAACCAAAACACAAGACAACCCUAGGUAACCUGUUGGCUUACAGAGAAAUAAAUGCAUAUACAGGGAACGUAGUACUGCGUUCUGAAGGAAAGCUGCUUCAUCAGAUCUCUGACUCGUCGUGAGCCAUUUAUAUCCACAAGCUGCACAGCAAAGCUGCUCUAUUAGAAAA